AAAUCCAGCUAUUCACUGAAAGAAAGUUAAAAAUUAUUCAUAUAUUGCGACGUAUUGUGUCUUGAACUGAAAAUGGUGGAUAGUAUUUAUCGUACUCGUUCUUUGGGAGUUGCUUCAGAGGGUAUUCCUGACCAGUAUGCCGACGGGAAAGCGGCCAAGGUAUGGGAGUACUACAUCGGCAGCCGAAAUGAGAGGACAGACGUGUACAGAAGUUGGAUCACCCAGCUGCUCCGGGAGAAGAAUUGCAAGCGUGUGCUGGAUGUCGCGUGUGGGACUGGUAUUGAUUCUGUGAUGCUCCUGGAGGAAGGGUUUGAGGUGGUGAGCGUUGAUGCAUCAGACAAAAUGAUUAUGCAGGCUUUCAAGGAGCGGUGGAGUCGUCGCAAAGAAGAUGCUUUUGAUAAAUGGGAAAUCGAGGUUGCCAAUUGGUUGACACUUCCCGAUGAUCUCCCAUCGCAAGAAGGCAAAUUCGAUGCAGUCAUCUGCCUGGGUAACUCCUUUGCCAACCUGCCAGACUUUGAGGGGAACCUCUCCAACCAGCGCUUGGCCCUCAAGAACUUUGCAGACCUCCUUCGACCCGGUGGCAUAAUGGUCAUCGACCAUAGGAAUUACGAUUCAAUCUUAGACACAGGCCGUGCUCCUGUUCAAAAUAUCUAUUAUCAUGGUAACUGCAUUAAGGACAUCCAGACUUCCACCUUGUACAUCAAUGGCCGACCGUCCAUGGUCACGCUGGAUUACUUCAUCGACAUCAACGUUGCCAAAGAGGAUAUCAUCAAGAAGGGGAUCAACAUGCCGAAGAAGAAACUAGAGUUUGAGCCCGUCCAACCUAUCAUGAAGUUCCGUCUGUCUUACUACCCUCACCGGCUGAACGCAUUCACAGAGCUCCUGAAGGAAGCCUUUGGCGCCAAGUGCGGGCACGACCUUCUCGCCGACUUCAAGAAACCUAGCGAGGUGGCCCACCCUGCCUACUAUAUACACACUGUGGAGAAACCUCUCUAGUCCAUCUCUCUAUAGGGUGUCCAGGGGGGCGUUUCACAAAACUUGUCAUCAGUGACAAAUGACAGUUUUUGUUAUAAGCUACUGAAAUCCUUGCUUCUGAUUGGUUAUCAGCAGAUUUGUCACUGAUUUUAGUCAUUUGUCAUUGAAAAAAGGCUUUGUGAAACGGUCCCAGGCCACAUCUGCUGCAGGGACAGCAGCUGCAAGUUUUAUUUCGUCAGAAUUUAGGGUUAGAAAAAUUGGAGUUUUGGGUUAGGGCACGGAUGAGGGUUAGGUUGAGUGUUGGGUCCAGGGCUGAAGUACAGAAUUCAGUUUUCUUACGCGGAGUAGUCGUCGCAGGAGCAAGUGUGGUGCAACCCUCCAUGGACCUACUGUUGCAGGUGGGAUCAGGUGCAUAUAUUUUCCAAAAGGUUAUAAAUUCUCUACUCCGUGACAAUCGGCAUACUUGCUGUUGUGGAUCACAACCGGCUUGUGUUAUCAGAAAUUUGGAUUCAAAGUCCCAUGUAUUCAUUCGCAAUGGGUUUUUUUUUUAAUUAAAAGGUCACACAAUAAACUUUAUAAUAUUAUUAUAUUAUUUGUGAUUUUAUUGAUUGAUGGAUUGAAAGUUCCAUGUAUUCAGUUGCAAUGUUUUUUUUAAAAUAACAAAUCCCUCCAUGAACUUUAUAAUAUUAUAUCAAGUGUCGAUAGGAGGAUUAAAGCAUUUUAAUUAGCUGUCCUAGGAGUACUGAGGCGCGAUCAUGCAUAGCCCAAUGGGGACCUUAAAAUGUCUCAAAACAUGAAUUCAAAUGUUCUUUUUUAUGGAAAGAGUACUUUUUUUAAUUGGACAUUUGAUUGCAUAUGAAGUACAUACUGUUACUUUUAAUAAGAAUUCAUAUUAAGUGUGCUGGAUGUAGUCAUUUUUAUUCAAAUAAAAGUAUUCAUGAAUUUGUUAUGGUUUUAAAUGGCAUAUUCAAUAGGGGAGUGAAUAUCACAUUGCUUUUGUCUGCUAUGUGAGGAAUAGUCAGCUGCAGAUCUUGGAGGGGUUGGGGGCACAGGAUACAUGUAUCCCUCAACCCCCCAAAAAACCCGAAUCCAAAGGUAUACAAAUGAGGAUUCAUGUGCCCCUCCCCCUUCGCCCAUUAAAAAAAUAUAAAUUGUCAGCAAUUUUUUUGGGGGGUGAGCCAACACACAUUCUGGCGACAUUUGCUCAAUCUGAAUUUAUUUUUGUCAAAGAUAUGUGGUUAAGAGGGUUAGGGUUGCGAUUUGGUUUAGGGUAAGGUUAAAGGUUAGGUGCAGUGCAGGUUCUAGGGUUGAAGUUAGAAAUUCAAUUGUUUCAUGUAUGUGUCAGAACAAUGUUUUUUUUCGGUCAAGGUAUCCUGGAUCCAUUAGCCAUACCAAACCCAGUAGCACUAUUGAAAAGAAAAAGAUGCCAUUCUCAUCUUGUAUUCUUUAUAAAUAUAAAAUGAUUUUGAUCUAUCACUCUGGAUAUCAUUUUCUCAGGUUGAAACGUUGGGUCAUUAUUUUUCUUCAGAUCAACGAUUCAUGUACAAAUACUUACUUUCACGGAUCAUGAUCACAGAAAAUGGAAAUCUAUGAAAAAUAGUGUGUUUCUUUCCCUUUUUUUUUCAGCAUUAGUUUCACUAUCAAAUUGGAAGUUGUAUUUGUAAUUAACAGCUUUGUUUUUUAUGUAAGGUUGAUUUAAGUAAUUGUUAAUUUUUAGUUAGUGUUUAGUUCAUGUUUUGAUUAAAAUGCAGUACUUGGAUGAAGACCUGUUUAUUCUAAGUAAUUAAUGAUAUUUAAUAAAGAAAUUAUCAUGGACAAAUAAUUUUUAUUAUAUUGAUAGAAUGGAAAUAUAGAGCAAAGUAAUGCUGGUCCCAUAUCACCAAUAAUGAUAAUGGUAAUCCCCAAAAUAACAAUAAUUGAGGGGUGCAACUAAUUACCACCACUUUGACUACUCUCAAGUCAGUAGGGUAAUCUCAAUCAAUGUAGGCAAAAUCUGUAGUGCAUUCAAAAUCCAUUCCAGUAUGCAUACAUGCAUACAAUGUAUACAUUUGUGAAACAGAGUAUGUAAAAAAAAGAUUGUCUUAAAGAUAUCAAGGUGAUUGACAUGUAUGUAUAUGUACAUAAUCAAGCAAUAUAUUCUCAGAUUAAAAUCUGAACACUUAAUUAAAAAAAUAUAUAUUUUAGAUAUAUGAGAUAUGAAUGUCA